GAUUCAGUUGCCAAACGUUGGUGAAACCGAAAAGUAAUACUUGCUAUUAAUUAAUUUAAAAAAAAACUCUCGCAAUGGGUUUGUGUUUGUUAGUGCUUAUUGCCAUUGGCAGCCUAAUCUAUUGGCUCUACACAAUGAACAAGGACUAUUAUGUGCUCUCAUUUUUUGCGUCUCGUGUGAGGACCAAGGAUGGUCGUCCUUUGGACAGCAUUGCUCCAGUAGCCAAAGGCAAAACAAUCUUUGGCAAUUGCUUUGAUUUGUAUGGCCUUAAGGAAUCUGAUGUGUUUCAGCAUUCACGUAAACGCGCGAGAGAUUUGAAAUCUAGUUAUAUUGAAUAUGGACUAGGCGUGCCGAUUUACAAUAUAAUCGAUGCGGAGAAUGCCGAGCUAAUAUUGAACGACCAAAGUCUUAUAUCAAAGAGUAUUGUGUAUGAGUUCCUCCAUCCAGCCUUGCAAACUGGACUUCUGACAUCCACAGAUAAGAAGUGGCACAGUCGCCGCAAAAUGUUAACGCCCACAUUCCACUUUAACAUUUUGGGACAAUUUGAGGAGAUAUUCAAAGCCGAAAGCCAAAAGUUCAUCAAACAAUUUGAUGGUAAAACAGAGACUGAUAUCUCUCUCAGCGAGCUGAUACCCCGAUUCACUCUCAACAGUGUUUGUGAAACCGCCAUGGGGGUUAAACUUGAUGAUAUGGCCGAGAAGGGAGAUCUUUAUCGCAAAAACUUUGGUUUGAUCGAAAAGUACUUCAUGGAGCGUCUGGGCAAUCCAUUCUUUUGGAACCAAACAAUUUAUGAGCUAUUUGGUGCAAAGAAAGAGGCACCGGCCCUAAAGGUUGUUCACGAUUUCUCUAGUGAAAUUAUUGCCAAGCGUCGCAUACUACUUAAGGAGGAUCUUGAACAACGCAAAAAUACUCAGGCGGAUGCAGAUGAUAUUUACAUUAACAAGAAGCAACGUUAUGCCAUGCUGGAUACACUGAUAUUUGCUGAAAAAGAUGGUCUCAUUGAUCAUAAUGGAAUUUGCGAAGAAGUUGACACACUCAUGUUCGAGGGCUACGAUACCACCUCAAUGGGUCUCAUAUUUGGAUUGAUGAAUAUGUCGCUUUAUGCUGAUAAGCAGGAACUUUGUUACCAAGAAAUCAACGAGUUCAUCGAUGAUGACUUCAGCAAUUUGGAUGUCAAUCAAAUAGCUAAACUGAAGUACUUGGAUUGCUUUGUCAAGGAAACAAUGCGCAUGUUCCCAUCGGUGCCAAUUAUGGGUCGGAAAGCAGUGCGGGAGACGGCAUUGGCCAAUGGUCUGAUACUUCCUGCCGGAACCCAGAUCACAAUUCACGUGUAUGAUAUUCAUCACAAUGCAAAGUAUUGGGACUCGCCAUAUGAGUUCCGGCCUGAGCGUUUUUUGCCCGAGAACACCAAGGAUCGUCAUAUUUACUCCUAUAUUCCCUUCAGUGCUGGUCAGCGUAAUUGCAUAGGUCAAAAGUACGCCCAGCUGGAAAUGAAGACUCUGCUCAUCGCCAUGGUGAAAACAUUUAAAAUUCUACCUCUAGUCGAUCCCAAAGAUUUUGUAUUUAAUACUGGCAUCACUUUGCGUACAAAUAACAAUGUUAAAGUUAAGCUUGUGAGACGUACCAGUAGCCUUAUCUAUUGGCUUUAUCAAAUCAACAAGACCCAUUAUGUACUUGCAUUCUUCUGUCCACGUGUUAAGACCAAAGAUGGUCGCCCCGAAUGGACAAUUGCACCUGUGGCCAAGGGGAAGACGAUUUUUGGUAAUGGCUUUGAUUUGUAUGGCCUAACAGACCAGGAGGUGUUUCAGCACUCACGCAUUCGAGCCAAAACAUUGAAAGCUAGCUAUAUAGAAUAUGGCUCCGGUGGAGCCCUUUAUAAUAUAAUUGACGCGGAGAAUGCCGAGCUAAUAUUAAACGAUCCAAAUGUGGUAACCAAAAGUGUGAUGUACGAUUUUCUACAUCCAGCACUACACACUGGACUCUUAACAUCGACAGAGACUGCCAUGGCGGUUAAGCUCGAUGAUAUGGCCGAGAAGGGUGAUCUUUAUCGUCAGAGCUUUGCAAUGAUCGAAAAAGCUUUUAUAAAGCGUUUAAGCAAUCCUUUUUACUGGAAUACAAAAGUUUAUGAACUCAUUGGAGGCAUGGAAGAUGCAACUGCGUUAAAAGUCGUUCACGACUUCUCCAACGAAAUUAUUGCCAAGCGUCGCAUACUUCUUGAGGAAGAACUUGUACGUCGCAAGAGCUCACAAGAUCCAGAUGAUGAUAUCUAUAUCAACAAGAAGCAACGCUUUGCCAUGUUGGAUACAUUGAUAUUUGCUGAGAAAGAUGGUCUCAUUGAUCAUCAGGGAAUUUGCGAGGAAGUGGAUACCCUCAUUUUCGCUGGGUUCGAUACUACUUCAACGGGUCUCAUAUUUGCAUUGAUGAAUAUGUCUCUCUAUGCAGAUAAACAGGAACUUUGCUACCAAGAAAUCAACGAGUAUAUUGAUGAUGACUUCAGCAACCUGGAUGUCAAUCAAAUAGGUAAACUCCAGUACUUGGAUUGCUUUUUAAAGGAAUCAUUACGCAUGUUCCCAGCAGUUCCUCUAACGGGUCGUCAAGCAGUACGAGAAACGGAACUAGCCAAUGGUCUGAUUCUUCCAGCUGGCACUCAGAUUAUUCUGCAUAUUUUUGACAUUCAUCGUAAUAUCAAGUACUGGGAUUCGCCAGAUGAGUUCCAGCCUGAACGAUUCCUGCCGGAAAACUAUUAUUAUGUGCUCGCCUUCUUUGCGCCUCGUGUGAAGACCAAAGAUGGACGCCCCGAAUGGACAAUUGCACCAGUGCCCAAAGGCAGAACAAUUUUUGCCAAUGGUUUUGACUUGUACGGCUUAACGGAACAGCAGGUAUUUCAACAAUUGCGCAUUAGGGCAGAAACAUUCCCAUCUAGCUUCAUAGAAUAUGGGUUCGGUAUAGCAAUAUACAAUAUAACUGAUGCGGAAAGUGCUGAGCUAGUAUUGAACGAUCAGAAUUUGAUAACCAAAAGCAUUAUAUACGAUUUUCUACAUCCAGCGCUGUGCACUGGACUCUUGACUUCUACAGAGACUGCCAUGGGGGUUAAGCUCGAUGAUAUGGCCGAAAAGGGUGAUCUUUACCGUGAGAACUUUACUAUGAUCGACAAGUCUUUCGUAAGACGUUUGAGUAAUCCAUUUUUCUGGAACAAAACUUUAUAUGAAUACUUCAGGCCAAAGGCGGACGCAAGUUCACUAAAAGUUGUUCAUGAUUUCUCCAACGAAAUCAUUGCCAAGCGUCGUAUACUUCUCGAGGCGGAUCUACAACAUCGCAAAACAACACAAGAUGCAGACGAAGAUAUCUAUGUGAACAAUAAGCCACGCUUUGCCAUGCUGGAUACUUUAAUAUUUGCUGAGACGGAUGGUCUUAUCGAUCAUAAAGGAAUCUGCGAGGAAGUGGAUACACUCAUGUUCGAGGGUUUCGAUGGUACAUCAAUAGGUCUCAUAUUUGCAUUGAUGAAUAUGUCUCUCUAUGCUGACAAACAGGAGCUUUGCUAUCAGGAAAUCAAUGAGUACAUAGCUGAUGACUUCAGCAACCUGGACAUCAAUCAAAUAGGUAAACUAAAGUACUUGGAUUGCUUUAUAAAAGAAACAAUGCGAAUGUUCCCUUCGGUACCUGUUACUGGACGACAAGCAGUGCGAGAAACAGAACUGGCCAAUGGUCUCAUUCUUCCAGCCGGCACACAGAUCUCUCUACAUAUAUUUGAUAUUCAUCGAAGUCCCAGAUACUGGGAUUCACCGGAUAAGUUCCAACCCGAACGAUUUCUGCCUGAAAACUGUAGAGAUCGCCAUACUUAUGCCUAUAUUCCAUUCAGUGCCGGACAGAGGAAUUGCAUUGGUCAAAAAAUGGACUUAUUCUUGUGGGUGCUGCUUGCAGUUCUUAGCCUUUACUUUUGGCUCAAGGAAAUGAAUAAAGAUUACUUUGUACUCUCCUUUUUUGCGCCUCGUGUGAAAACCAAGGACGGUCGUCCUGUGGAGAGUAUUGCUCCUGUGGCCAAGGGCAAGACAAUCUUUGGCAAUGGCUUCGACCUGUACGGCAAAAGUGACGCUGAGAUAUUUCAACAUUCACGCGGACAUGCUAAGAAAAUUCAAAGCAGUUAUAUUGAAUAUGGAAUGGGCAUGGCACUUUACAACGUCAUUGAUCCAGAGGUUGUCGAACUGGUACUGAAUGAUCAGAAUCUGAUAACAAAAAGUGUGAUAUACGAUUUCCUGCAUCCUGCGCUGCGCACUGGACUCCUGACCUCAACAGACAAAAAGUGGCACAGUCGACGCAAGAUAUUAACACCAACAUUUCAUUUCAAUAUAUUGGCACAAUUCGAGGAGAUUUUCAAAGCCGAGAGUCUGAAGUUCGUUGAACAAUUUCGUGGCGCAUCCGAGAUUUCAAUUUCUGUUAGUGAGCUGAUACCCCGCUUCACUCUCAACAGUAUUUGUGAGACUGCAAUGGGUGUUAAGCUCGAUGAUAUGGCUGAGAAGGGCGACAAUUAUCGCAAAAACUUUGCUUUGAUAGAAAAACGUUUCUUAAGGCGAAUAAGCAAUCCCUUUUAUUGGAAUAAUACAACUUAUAAUCUCUUUGGCGCCAAGGAGGAUAAACCCAUGCUAAAGACAAUUCAUGAUUUCUCUAGUGAAAUUAUUGCCAAGCGACGCAUUCUUCUGCAGGAUGCUCUGAAGAAUCGUCAGAAUGCUCACGCAGAUGCCGAUGAUGAUAUUUACAUCAACAAAAAGCAACGCUUUGCAAUGCUGGACACUUUGAUAUUCGCUGAGAAGGAUGGACUCAUUGAUCAUCAAGGAAUUUGCGAGGAAGUGGACACACUAAUGUUCGAAGGCUUCGAUACUACUUCAAUGGGUCUCAUAUUUGGAUUGAUGAAUAUGUCUCUGUAUGCUGAUAAACAGGAACUUUGUUACCAAGAAGUCAACGAGUUCAUCGAAGAUGACUUUAGCAAUCUGGACAUCAAUCAAAUAGCUAAACUGAAGUACUUGGAUUGCUUUGUCAAGGAGACAAUGCGAAUGUUUCCCUCGGUGCCUUUUAUGGGUCGUCAAGUGCAGCGAAAGACAGAGCUGGCCAAUGGUCUCAUCCUUCCUGCUGACACACAGAUUAUGCUGCAUGUGUUUGAUCUCCACCGCAAUCCCAAGCAUUGGGAUUCGCCAAAUGAAUUCCGUCCCGAGAGAUUCUUCCCCGAAAACUCUGCGAAUCGUCAUAUAUACUCCUACAUUCCGUUUAGUGCGGGGCAGAGGAAUUGCAUAGGUCAAAAAUAUGCACUGCUGGAAAUGAAGACUCUGCUGAUCGUUGUGCUCAAGCAGUUCAAGAUUCUGCCACUUGUGAAUCCGAAACAUUUCGUUUUUAAUAGUGGCAUCACAUUGCGCACCAACAAUAACAUUAAAGUAAAACUUGUGAGGCGAUGAGCAUGUUCAUAAUUUAGUUCAUAUAACAAUUAAU